UCUUGAAACGAAGAAAUUUAAACUCUUAAAUAAAGACCAUGGCUAGUCGUUUGUUUUCAAUUCUUUUUGCGCUAUUUUUUGUUUUCAAUUUAAUAGUCAGAGUUGUUACAAACUUACACUGUCUUCAAUGAUCUAUCUAUAUAUAUAUUAAAUAAAAAAUGAAAACUUAGAUGCACCAGCAAGAUGACAGCAAUAGACUUUUAUUUAACGACUAAAUCAGUAGAUGGAAUUAAUUCAUCUUGUUCUUGUAUGAUAAGUGUAAAGAACUAGAGAGUAGAGAGUAGAUGGAAUCAUUUAUGUUCAGUGCAGCGGUUGAUGGAGAUACAAGUGUAUUGAAUGAGGGCAUCAUUGCAGAGCGAGGGGAGAAUAGCUAUGUAGCAAAAACACCUGAUUUGGAGAACAACAUUAUUCAUCUAGCUGUUCAAAACAAGAAAUCCACAUUCAUUGAUGCAGCUAUUAAUCGGUUUCCUGUUCUCCUCCAACAAAAGAAUAGCAAGGGUAAUACUCCCUUCCAUGAAGCUGCUGAGUUGGGAAAUAAGGAGACUAUCAUCCUACUCGUUCUCCACCUCCAAGAAACUACCAGUGAUGUGCCAUAUUAUAUGGAGAAGAACAACCAAGGGGACACCCCCUUGCAUGCUGCGCUUCGAGCCCAAAACUUGGAUGCAGCCUAUGAGUUGUUUAUAAUGGUCGUCCAAUAUCACCGAGAAGAGAUAUUGGCUACGCAAAACAAUUCUAAGGAGACCCCUCUACAUCUCUACGUCCGAUUUUGUGCUGGUGAGUUUUUGUCAAUGAAUUUGGAACAUGCUGACAAGCGAGAGCUAAUUGAAAAAUUGAUCACGACAUAUCCUCCGGCUAUGCUUAUUAAAGAUUCGGAUGGGUUGACUCCUCAUAUGAGGGCGGCCCAAUAUGGCCGUGUCCUGGUAGCAUUACGGAUCCUUACUUAUAACAAACAAUUAUCCGAAUGUCGUGACAUUAAAGGAAGGAGCUUUUUGCACAACUUGCGGUUGAAGAUGGCUCAUCUCAAUGCAAGUGACAAAGAGUAUACUCUAUGGACUUGUAAUUCUAUACUAAGUUUGCAUGGAAUUCAUGCUCUUUUAUUCUCACAAGACCAAGAUGGAAAUACACCAUUACAUCUAGCUAUUGCUGACCGAGAUUUUAAUGUUGCACAAUUGUUCCUUCAACAAUGUGCUAAGAAUGAAUCAAGUGGAAGGAAGAAGUUGAUCAUGAGCCUCCAGAAUAGUGAUGGCAAAACGAUAUUGGACCUAAUUGAUUCCUUAUCAGAUAUUCCUCCUAAACUGAAGUCGGGGAUCAUGAUCGGUAAAAUUGGUCUUCAGGGUCCUGUGUAG